UUGUCAUUUCUAGUUUGUCGUCGGAGUGUCAAAAAGGUCGGUGGUCGUUCUGAAUCUGAAAAUUGAAAGUUUGUAAAUUAUCGGUAAAAUAUUGUGAUUCAUUGGGUAAAGGUGUUAAAGUGUUCAAAAACGACCUGUAGGCUACAUAAAAUCUGAGUAUUUUACAUGGGUAUUUUCUUUGUUUAAGGAACAAAGAACGACUCUUCAUUACUGUUGCCAUUACUCACGUUUCAAAUAAAGAAGUUGAAAUUUCCGCUUUUGGUAAAUCAACAUUUGGUAAUAAUUGCAUUUAGUGAGGAAGUAAUUACUUGUUGACUGGAAGACGCGAAUUAAAACAAACGACGCAAAACAAAAGAUGCCAGCUGAUUCAAUUUCAAGAAUGGAUUCUAAUGGCUCUAAUGACAAUGAAAAAAAUAUUCCACCACAAAACAUUUUGGGUACAUCGCCAGGAACAUCAAGUUUACGCUCCCGCACGGACAGCGAAUGCUCUGACAAACUAGCCAGAUUCGUAUUGCCCAGCAUGGAUGGCAGCCCACCAAAGGUGAUGACGCUUGAUGAAGUAACUAAUGUAGUUAAAAACAUACAAAAUAUGGAACUUGCCCAUGAAAUUGCAUUAAAUCCUGAGUUUAAAUUGCAACCCUAUGAACCACCUGAAAACAGCCUUGAAAAACGUAUAAAGGAUUGCAUGCACAAAGCGUUCUGGGACUUACUAAGGGAGCAGCUGAACUCUGACCCUCCUUCCUAUGAUUACGCUAUACAAUUGUUAAGUGAAAUUAAGGAAUGUUUUCCCCAGAUUCUAACCCAAAAUAAUAAACUCAUUCUGGAUCAAAUCAACGAUAUCUUAGACGAGUCGGUUAUUCGCCAACAAGCUGAAAAAGGAGUUCUCGACUUUCAAUCUUAUGCAAAUUUUAUUAUUAAAAUUAUGGGAAAAUCGUGUGCACCAGCUAGAGAUGACGACAUUAAGAAACUCACACAAAUCGAAGAUGUUGUUGACAUGUUCAAAGGUAUUUUGGAUACAAUGGCUCUUAUGAAAUUGGACAUGGCGAAUUUCUUAUUAGAUUUUUCUCGUAACGCCAUCAUGGCAAACUCAGUCGAGUAUGAGAAACAGAAAUUUAAUGAAUAUUUGGAAUAUUAUAAAUUUGGUUUUCCCGCAACAGAAAAUUGGCUUCAACGUAAUCUCACCCAAACAUCAAAUGGCACGCUAAUUACUGCAGAUCAGGCUAUGUCGAAUGCUUAUAUGGAACUCAUGGAUUGGAAGGAAGAUGUUGAUUUCCCUGAAAUUCUUUCCACAGACAAGGAGCGUAUUCUCAAAUUGGGCCAAAGAGCUAAGCGUUUGUGUGUCGGAGCAUCUCUAAUAGCCAUUUGUUCCGCAGUACCUGUUAUAUCGCAACGUUCUGAAAAUCGAAUUGAGUUAGCAAAACAAAUUGAAAUACUGCUACACAGUAUAACGAACGAAAAAGAGAUAUCAGAGGCUAUAGAUAAUAUUUGGGAACAAAUAAAAACUGUAAUCAAUAAGUAUUUGAAAAAGGAAAGUCAAUCAACAAUGGACACAGAUGCACUGGACAUGCUCCAAACGCAAAUAAAGCAAAUUGCUAAUAGGGAUGCUCCAGUUAGGCAACUUAUGUGGAAACGAUUGCAGACAUAUUUUCGACUAGCACUCCGUUCAAAAGGGGGGCUACCGCCUCCACCACCAGGAUACGUUGAUUUCAAAGAUGAAUUAGAAUUCUACACCACUGCCCUUAAACGUGUGAUAGCCUAUAAUCAUUCUGUAUUUGGAGAAUAUUUUUUGCAGAUACUCACCCAACGUCAAACUGAACCAAAUAACGAGACCGUUUGUGCAAGUGAAGGUGCCUCCUCCGAAGCUGAAAUGUUACCCUCGCAGCAAUGAAUUUCUAUAUCGGUGUAGUAAUUAAUUAAGGAAUUCACCCAGCAAACCAGACCCGCAGUUAAGGAAAGCCCAUAUACAAAACUGUGUUGUAUUAGCAUUGGCUAACAUGAAUGGAAAUUUAUGUAAGAGUAUUACCGUAUAAGUGAUUGGAAUAUGAAGCACAUGUGUAAUUCUCAGAAAACUAUUGUAAAGAACUUUCUAGACAAAAUGUAUCCAACUAAAGCACCUUUGUCGUCAUUGCAGUACUGUUCAAUUUUCAGUGAAAAACUUUUCUUGAUGGUGCGAGUUUAUGAACUUUCUAACUUUACCAAGGUGCGAAACUUAUUAAGCAUCAUUAUUAUUACAUAAAUAAAAAUUACCGAUGAAUAUAUGAUUACUAAACCUUAAAACUAAGCUUAACAUCAUAACAUAUGGUGCUUACAAACAAUAAACAAAUUGAACAAAUUA